UAAUCCAUUAAUCAGUACGAGCUGAGUUGUUCUACCUUUUAUAGGAAAAAAACCAAUCACUAAAACAUUUCAGAAAUCCACAAGAAAAAUAAAAAAAGAGAGAGAAAAAAUCCCACUAGAUUGUCACACAGCUUUAAUUUUUCUAGUAUUUGCUAAAACAAACAAAGAAACUCCCAAAACAUAGCACUGAGAGGGAAAAGAAGAGUCAUCUCAUCCCUUUCCCAUCAAUCUCUUCUUCCUCUUAAUAAUAACUUCAUAAUCUCUUCUUUCUCUCUCUCCUCAAAUAUGGAAAUUCUCUAAUAUCAAUCAAUAAUCUUAUCACUCUCUCUCUCUCUCUCUCUCUCGCUUCUUUCCCUUUUUGUUCUCUUUCUCUCUUUUUGGAGUUUGGUAUUGUUUUCAUUAGCAAUACUAACACCAGCAAGAAAGAAUUGUAUAAGAUUAUCCAGAAAUAAAAGGAUUUAGCUUUCUCUUUCUUUAUAAGUUUCUUUAGAGAGGGAAAAAUAGAACAAGAAACCCUAAAAGAACCCAUUUUGCAAGAGUAAUCAAGAAAAAGAGAGAAAAAUAUUUCCUUUGUAUCCUAUUUAAUAAGAUCCAUCCAAGAAAGGAAAAAACUUCUACUUCCUAUGGAUUCAAUUCCUGAAAUGGACAGUUCCAACUCAGAAACCACCAGUUUCAACAAUAUAACCACCACCACCGCUACCGGCACCGCGGCCACCACUAUAACCAUAGGACAAUCAUCACCAUCAACAUCCACGACAACUCCUAGUCGAUACGAGAAUCAAAAGCGUCGCGACUGGAACACUUUUGGCCAAUAUCUCAAAAAUCACAGGCCACCGCUCUCUCUUUCAAGAUGCAGCGGAGCUCAUGUUCUUGAAUUUCUUCGAUAUCUUGAUCAAUUUGGAAAGACCAAAGUGCAUACACCAAUUUGUCCAUUUUAUGGACACCCAAAUCCUCCUGCACCAUGUCCAUGUCCACUCCGGCAAGCUUGGGGUAGCCUCGACGCCCUUAUCGGGCGUCUCAGAGCAGCCUUUGAAGAAAAUGGAGGAAAACCAGAAGCCAACCCAUUUGGAGCUCGUGCAGUUAGGCUUUAUCUUCGAGAAGUUAGAGAUUUGCAGUCUAAAGCAAGAGGAAUCAGCUAUGAGAAAAAGAAGCGUAAACGUCCACCGCAGCAGCAAAUCCAAGCCUUGCCACCACCACCAGGUGCAACUUAAUAUGAACAAAAUUAAAAAAAAAUUAAAAAAUUUUUAAAAAAAUAAAAAAACAAGAAACACCCUUUUCUUGAUAGUAGCAUAGCCAUUACCUUGUAUGUGGGUACUUUUAGUUACUUUCGUUUUUCAGCACUCAGUUAUGGAAUUUUAGCAGCAUAUUUAGGGUUAGCAGUAUUUUUUUUUUUUUUCUUUUGAAGUUAUUACAUAUUGUGGGUAUUAUUAAUUCUGUUUGCUUUGAUGGAACAAAAAUUUGGGUAGAUCUGCAGGGGAUACCUUGAAUCUGCUUUUGAUGCAAACAGUAGUAGUAGCAUUUAGUAGUGGUAGUGGUACUAGAAAAGUGGUGGAAGAAGUAGUAGCAGUAGUAGUGAUUGUACUUGAAACUGAAGAAGAAAGAGAGCAUCUAAUUGCUCAUAAGACUACUUAUAAUAAUAUAUUUUAAUAUAUUAAAUAUAAAUAUAUAAAUAUGUUCUUGAAUUAAUGUUUUU